UCGUCUUUACUUUAACUGUAAGUUCUGUACUCAUGUACAAUACUGCGUACGUAAUUAUCAACCGAAUGCUUGUAAAUCUUUGUUUCUUUUUCAGUUAUUUUUAAUUAUAAAUGUAGAUGACAACGUAAAGGAUCGCGCUUCAUUGUUUCGGCCUUCGAAAUGCAGUAUCAGCCUACAAUUAUGCCAAUGACAUUGGACUUGUAAAAUUAGCAGUUGAGUCGUUGCAAGUUGCUGUUAAGCCAAGAUCAAGACAUUUUGCCAGUUUGGACUCAUUUCGUUCGCGUAUUAAGGAAUUCAUUCUUUGUCACCGGGAACCUGUGAAGAACCUGUUGUGUUCACAAUGGACGUGCUGGAUUUUCCCGUAUAUGGCGACUAUGAUGACGGAGAGUAUGAAUUCUCCAAUGAGCAGUACGAGUAUGUGGAUGUCAGCGAUCAUUCUGCGUAUAAUAUUCCGUUCAUGGAACUUGUGCGCACCUGCAUCAUGCCCGUGCUUACGCAGGGACUCAAUGACGCCGCGGUUGUUUUGUUUUGCUGUUUCGCUAGCUUCACCGUGAGCUGUAUUAUUCCUGAAUCUGCAUUCUGGAGACAACGUGCCAUAAACGCCUUUGCUGCACUAUGUGGAUUGUGCGCUUUAUUUUCCGUGUUUGGAGAAGACUGCUAUCUGCUGGCGCUGGUUGGAGCGUCGGGCUAUGUUCUUCUCUGGCUUGGGACUGCGAUGAGUGUUUUACAGUUUUUACAGCUACAGGGUUUUGUUGUAGUCGUCGUUGCUGUAACUUACGUCGUGCUGUUCGAAUUCAAGUUUGGCAAAGCGACUGUCGUUCACAAAAUCCGUGGCGCUCAGAUGAUAAUCUUUAUGAAAAUCCUCUCCCUUGCCCACCUGGACAAACCCUUGCUGCCCAGCUUGCUUGAAUACUGUGGAUAUAUUUUCUGUCCCGGUACCGUCGUUUUUGGGCCUUGGAUAUCUUUAGAUCAAUACCGUCUGUGGUCAGCCAAAUCGCAUCUCCUGACAGUCAGAAAUCUCAUACGAUCGCUGUGGAAUUUUAUGCAAUCGUUUUGUCUUUCAUUUUUCUGCCUUUCAUGUUCGACGUGCUUGAUGACAUGGAUAUUUCCCUUUGUAAUUAAUAAAUGGGCAGAAGCCUAUCGAACAGCGGCAAUGUUUCGAUAUUCACAUUAUUUCAUUUCUUAUUUAUCGGAAUGUACGCUUAUUGGAAUGGGAAUUACGGGAGUGCCUGUCGUUAAAAUGCUCAAAAUAGAAUUGCCGCGAUCGCUAGUGGAAGUUGUAGAAUUCUGGAAUAUUCCCAUGCGGAACUGGUUGAAACGGCAUGUGUUCUGGAAUGUCCGCAAACGAUUGGGUGUACCAGCCGCCUUGGCAAUCACUUAUGCCGCGAGUUCUCUUCUUCACGGUCUAAAUUUUCAGUUAUCAGCCGUUCUGCUAUCUUUGGCAGUUUUUACUUAUGGGGAACACCGGUUGCGCAGAGAACUCUCAGAGAUAUACAGUGCCUGUAUCCAAGCGCGAUCGUGCAGAGAAUGUCAGCAUAAGAAUACCACUAAAAAUCCGUUUGUCAUUGCGACAAACUUGGCUUUCGGUGUUCUUGCGAUAUUCCAGUUAGCAUAUUUGGGUAUGAUGUUCGAUGCCAGUCCAACCCAAGAACAGGGCUAUGGGUACGAGCACACGCUAUCAAAAUGGUCUGCAAUGGGUUUUUCUGGACACUACAUUGCUUUGUUUAUGAUGGUGACGCAGUAUUUGCUUCGAUAAGGUUCCCUUUUAACGAACCACUUCUGCACUGCAUUCCCGCCUUUUUCUCGUCUGCAAUAAUCUUUUUCGUAUUAUGGGUUUAUGACUACUUGACGAAUCUCCGAAGCUUCGAUUAGCGUUUUUGUUGACAAGUUUCCCAUGUCGAAUGUUUUUUUAUUUUUUUACAGCAUAUUAUUAGAAAAUUCUCACCAGUUAAAAAAAUAGAAAAACAAAUAAAUCCCGUAAAAA